AUGGUUAGCCGUGGCUUACAGAGGAUUGUUAUGAGGGUUGAUUGGCAUUGGAGCUCUCACUUGAGCGAGAAAUCUUUCUGGUCUAUUAAACCCCCAGUGACUGACUCGUGGGCUUGGAGGAAGUUGCUUGACCUUAGUCUUCUUGCGCUUCUGUUUUGUAAAACCAGACUGGGAAAUGGCAGGACGGCUAGUUUCUGGUUCGACGUCUGGACACCGCUGGGACAGUUGAUUGACUAUAUUGGCCUUUCGGGACCAAGAUCUUUGCGGAUUAGAACUGAGGCUGUGGUGGCAGAUGCAAUUAGAGGUAAUGUUUGGACAUUUUCUCACCCAAAAUCCCAAAAGGAAGUUGAUCUCCAUGCUUUUCUUACAACUAUUUCCUUACCUUUGUCAAAUGUUGUUGUUGAUGACUAUGAGUGGGUGGCUGGUUAUUUCCCUUUGCGUAGUUUCAGGUCUUAUACAACGUGGGAAAUUCUGCGACCGAGGGAGGAGGUCAAAGAUUGGGUGGACAUCGUCUGGUUCAAAGGAGGUAUUCCGAAACACGUAUUCACAAUGUGGGUUUCCAAUUAA